AUGAAUAAAAGUUCAAAAUCUCACCCACUUGAAUAAAAAUCCUCUCAACAGUAAAAUAGCCGUACCUAACACCAAUAGCAAUCAUCUGUCACAUCAUAAUAACCAGAUAAGUAAAAGUAUCAGAUACCAAUGAAAGCUAAUCCUGACCUUAUAAUCUAGGCUUAGAGAGAUAUUUCUCUUGAUAAAAAUAAGUCUACUCAGAAUCAAUAGGUUCAUAAAUCUAAGAAAAAGAAGCAUACUAGAAAAACAAGGCAUCUGAAUAGCAUCGAAGAGGUGACUGAUGGAAAUGAGGAGUCAGUAAGGACUGUGAUUAAGAUUAUUCCCAUGAAGAACCUCGAGAUACUAUUUAUCGGAGCACCUAAGGUCGGCAAAACUACUCUCAUUAAUAAAUUAAUGGAAUAAGAUGAUAAUAAUGACUUGAAGGAAAAGAAAGAAUAUUAGACCAAGUAGCUGGCCACUAUAAAAGAAAUUGCCGAUGAUGAUAAAAGCACAAAGAAGGCAGAGAUCAUUUCAAAGCCUUACAUAUAUGGUGUAGGCAUGGAGGUGCAUAAAAAAGAGCAUAUAUAUAAAAAUGGGGAGACUGUUAGACUUAGUAUCUGGGAUCCUACAAUUACUCAGCUUCCAAAGGAAAGAGCUCUGGCUAGAAAAAAUAAGCAGUAAGCAGAGUAGAAACAAGGUCUUCUCAAGUCUUUAUUCAGUAAGAAGUAAGAUGAUUCACAGAGCGGAUAAGAUGUGGAGCUGCCAUUUAUAGAAGAGUUCUAGUUAAACACUAAUGAGGAAUUAGCAAAUGACUAUUUAAAAUCAGGCACAUAUCAUGUAGCUGUGUUUGUCUUUGAUUUAACAAAUCACUUAUCAUUUAACAUGCUUGAAGAUUGGUUUAAUCACUUCAGGAAAGAUUGCUUUAAAUCCUCCAAAAUAUCAAAUAUUGCAAUCAUUGGUACAAAAAAGGAUCUUGGCAAGAGAGGCAUACCUACUAAAGCAGUAGAAGAUUGGGUAGUAGAUCUGCAGGAUGAGCUAUCAUCUUCGUUUUAGAGAUUAAAAUACUUCGAAAUUAGUGGACUAAAAGAUGAAGGCAUAAAAACACUGAGAGAUUGGAUUAUUUAAAAUGCUCUUGAAAAAUAUGAUAGCAUAGAAAAACGCAGGUACAUUAAAUCUGAUCCCUAUGUUAAGAACAGAGAAUGUGGAUUAGAUUGCUCUAUAUUUUGA